UGCUCGGGGGUCCCCAAUGGUUGCCGGGGGUCCCCAUUUUCACCCCCCGCUGACCCCGUCUCUCCGCAGGCAGCGAUGCCCGUGGAGCCCCUGGUCUGCGCCGACACGGCCACGCGGGUGAGCUCGGUGCUCAACCGGGACGUGAAGCAGUUUGGGAAGAAGCACAUGUUUGAUGCCAGCGAGGAGACGUGCUGGAACUCGGACCAGGGCACGUGCCAGUGGGUCACCCUGGAUUUCCCCCGCACCGUCAAGGUCUCACAACUCCACAUCCAGUUCCAGGGGGGAUUCUCCAGCCGGCUGUGCACGCUGGAAGGCUGCAGAGCAGGGGAAGAACCCGUGAGGGUAUCAGAGCUGUACCCCGAGGACACCAAUGCCAUGCAGAGGUUCCAGGUGGAGGAGACGGUGCUGGAUAAGCUGAAGAUCACCUUUGAGAACAGCACGGACUUCUUUGGCAGGAUCGUGGUCUAUCACCUGGGGGUGCUGGGGGAGAAGCUCUAGGGUGGCAGCAGUGAGGGACAGUGUGGGGGGCUGCUGCCCCACCGCCUGUGCUUGCCCACGGGGGCUCUGCUCCAAGGCCGUGCUGCCCCUAAUUGCACCCCAAGGUGCUGAGAGGGGACCCCUGCCCCAUGGGAUGGCAGUGACAGAGGGACAAAAGGCUCUGAAGUCCAUCAGAUGGGACUUUGGUGGGACACAGCCUGUGUCAUCGACCAAAUAAAGUGUCCUUGCUCCUUC